GGCGUGCGGUCCGUCAAGGUGGUCCUGGUGGGCGACGGCGGCUGCGGGAAGACGUCGCUGCUGAUGGUCUUCGCCGACGGGGCCUUCCCCGAGAGCUACACCCCCACGGUGUUUGAGCGGCUCACUGUUAAUCUGCAAAUGAAGGGCAAACCCGUGAACCUCCAAAUCUGGGACACAGCAGGACAAGUUGACUAUGACCGCCUGCGGCCCCUGUUCUACCCUGACGCCAGCGUCCUGCUCCUCUGCUUCGAUGUCACCAGCCCACACAGCUUUGACAACGUCUUUAACCGGUGGUACCCAGAGGUGAAUCACUUCUGCAAGGAGGUGCCCAUCAUCGUCGUGGGCUGCAAGACCGACCUACGCAAGGACAGGUCGCUGGUGAAGAAGCUGCGCAAAAAUCGAUUGGAGCCGGUGACCUACCACAGGGGCCAAGAGAUGGCGAGGUCCGUGGGCGCCGUGGCCUACCUCGAGUGCUCGGCUCUGCUCCACGAAAACGUCCACGCUGUUUUCCAGGAGGCCGCCGAGGUGGCCCUCAGCAGCCGCAGUCGCAACCUCUGGCGGCGGAUUACCCGGAGCUUUUGCGUGGUGACCUGACGGCUUGGGACCCUCAGUGCCGCGACUGCCCCAGCAGCACCGGAAGGAGCUGGGCGCUGGCCUUUUGCCCAGUUGGCUGGGCUGGACCCAGUAUUCAGGCUGUGACCACCAAACUGACCCAGAAACAGAUGGGCACCACCGAGGCCAGGCCCCUGACCCCGGGGCUAGGAUGCCUAGACUGAAGUGGAACCCCUCUGAAGCCUGAGAAGGGGGGUUCUCGGGCUCACCACCAGUCCUGGGGAGGGCUAGUCCUGGGGUCCCCUGGAAUCACACUCCCAGCUCCCAGCCCUGGACCGCAAGUCCUGGAGCAGCCGUGCAGCCUGGCGCCACCUCGCGUCUGUUCCCAGGCCUGCACCUUCAGGCAGCACCUAGCGGUCCCAGGAUCCUCCCCACGCCCGCCAGAACUCGCACUUGCCCCUUCCCCCUGUGCCCUUCCCAGUGGUAACUGUAACAACUAAAACAACAUCGCCAGUUACUUGUGUCAUUUUUGUUUCAAAAUGCCUUUAGACAUGUGUUCCAGGCUAGAUAAGAGUCCACCCCACGUAGGUGCUGGAGUGGGACGGCCUGGAUCCAAGCCCCGCCCUUGGCCCCGGCCUUAGCUGCUCCCCUUUACUUUCUUGGAGAGAUCGUCACCAUUUGACAUGGUUCCAUCUGUCUCCCCGACGAAUGGCCAGCUCUCCUAGAGCACAGACUGGGUUAGUCGGAAUGCCCUGUGCCUGAUAUACAGAAAGCAUUAAAGAACUGUGUGGUAAGCAGA